AUGGCGCCGCGCAUCAAGAAGGCGGAGCGCCGUCCGUCUGUGUCAUACCUUACGGAUACGCUGCCGUCCGUGCUCCCGCCCAUCUUCGAGCAGGCGCAGAACACGACCGCCAACCACCGCAAGAACAUCGUGCAGCUGUUCAAGGUGCAGAGGACCUGCGCCGAGGUCACCGAGGAGACGGAGAAAGGCAUACGUCUUGUCGGAGAGCGGGCGUUCAACGCUCUUUUCAUCAGCAUGAUCAACCGCGUGCUGCCGGUCAAGAAGGGAGUCGCUGUUGCCGAUCGCGUCGUCAAGUUUGUCGCGAGCUACGUCGCUUAUACUACUGAGCAAGAUACAACCGAAGAGGAGGACGGGGACAGCAUGUCCCAGCGCUUCGUUGCCAAGCUCGUCCGGCAUCUCUUGGCUGGCACUGAGGCCAAGGACAACAGCGUGCGUUUCCGCGUCACGCUGAUGCUGGCCUCUCUCAUCAACGGCCUUGGAGAGAUAGACGACGACCAGUAUGUUGCCCUCAGGCAAGGGCUCCUCGACAGGGCGCGGGACAAGGAGUCGGCAGUUCGGGUGCAGGCAGCCCUCGGUCUUGCCAAGCUUCAGGCCGGUGAGAACAUCGACGAUCUGGAGGAGGGCGAGGAGUCUAUUGCCGAAGUCAUUCUUGAUCUUCUACGCCAUGACUCGGCCGCUGAGGUGCGCCGUGCUGCACUCUACAACCUUCCGCGCACCAAGGACAUACUGCCCGUUAUCCUCACACGGACGCGGGACAUUGACCCCGUUCUGCGUCGCACAGUUUACCAUGGGAGCCUCGGCUCUGCUUCUCUCCCGGAUGCGCGUGUCCUCACCAUAGCUCAGCGGGAGGAAGCGGUCCGCAACGGCCUGGGCGAUCGCGAGCCGAGUGUCCGCAAGGCCGCCGCGGGAAUGAUUGCGGGCUGGUUUGACCAGGCCGAGUGUGACUUGCUCCAGUUCCUCAACCGCUUUGACGUGGUCUCGAGCGAGGUCGCCGAGGAGGCUCUGCUUUCACUUUUUGUCACCCGCCCCGAAACGCUUGAGAGCAUUGACUUCCCGGACGAAUGGUGGAUUAAACUCUCGCCGGAGAAGGCUUUCCUAGCCCGAGUGUUCGCCGAGCAUUGCCUGUCGCUCAAAGACGAGUCGCGUCUUGAGGACGCUAUGCCUGUCGUGACUGCGCUCGCAUUCCGCAUCCAGGACCAGUACAAUGAGCUCGUUUCCGUUGCGGGGAACAACGAGGAUCCGCAAGAGAAAGCUUUCAUUGUCGGCGAGCUCCUCCGCCUCGUUCUCACUUUCGACUACGCGGACGAGACAGGCCGACGGAAGAUGUUCGCCAUGUCGCGGGAGAUGAUCGCCAUGCCAGACCUUCCAGAGGCGCUCAUUCCCCGCUGCCUCGACGUGUUGCAGAAGAUCUCGACAUCCGAGCGCGAUUUGAUCCGCCUGAUUGUCGACGUCGUGACUGAGUUGCGUGAAGGCGACGGCGACGUUGAGGAUCCUGAAUCGACUGGUCGAUCAAGUGCGGUGGGCGCAGCGCGCCCGGUCCCAGAGGAACAGAAUGCGGCUGUAAUCGACUUACGCUGCCUCAACAUCUGCAUUGGACUGCUCGAGCGUGUCAACACGCCGUUGCAGGAGAACUCGGUCUUCCAUGGCCUGCUGCCAGACUUGAUCAUCCCCGCCGUCCGAACAAAGACUGAGCCAGCACUCCGCGACCAAGGCCUCGUUUGUCUCGGUCUGUGCUGCAUGAUCGACGAGAAGAUGGCUUCCCAGUCUUUCGGCCUCUUCAUUCAGCAGCUGACUGCCGCCGAUGAUGAACUCAAGGUCAAGGUCGUCCAGAUCAUCUUUGACCUGUUCAUGGUACAUGACAUCCCAACGCUGCUGGCCGGCAUCAUUGAGCCACACCGCAUCGUCGAGCUCGUGCGGCACAUGGUGCUCCAAGACGCUCCAGUCGUCCAGGCGGCCGCUAUCGAGGGUGUCGCCAAGCUCAUGCUCACCGGCAUGAUCGAGGACGCCGCCGUGCUUCAGACCCUGGUCAUGCUCUACUUCUCGCCCGACACCGCAGACAACCAGCCACUGCGCCAAUGCCUCACUUACUUCCUCCCCGUCUACUGCUACUCGUCGAGUGCAAACCAGGCGCGCAUGCUCUCCAUCUUCUCCGACACGCUCAUGCACGUGUCCACAUUUGCGGAGGACUUUGAGGGCUCGCCUGACCUCCUCCCGCUCGCGCAAAUGGGCCUGAUGAUGGUGGACUGGAUUGACCCGGAGAAGGCAGUGUACGUCGGCGCACAGCAUCUUUCAGCUGACGAUAGCGGUAGUCACAAUGACCACGGACUUCAUCUCGAUCUCGCAAUCGAACUUCUCAAGCUCCUCCUCACAGAGACAGCGCGGGACAUCCGCAAGGCCGUCACCGGGUACUUCUCCAAGCUCAGCCUCCCUGAAGAAGGUCAGGCAGACGCAUGGAAGACCAAGGCGGCGUUCACCCUCGCCCAAAGUGUCAAGAACAAACGGCCCUUGUCAGAGGCAGCUCCGCGCAAGGCGUUAGACAAAUUCCAGGCUACGCUGCUCAAGCAGUACCCUGAGCUAGAGGGUUACGACGAGGACACGUUCCGUGCCGAGGGCGACGAGAACGAGGCAACUGCUGAGCUGUGGGGGUUCAUCGACGACGUGUGA